GGUGCUCGCCGCGAUAUGGGGUUCGUGGAAGCGUGCGCGUAUCUGCUGGCGUGGGCGGCCGGCUCGCUGCUCGCUGUCGGCGCCUGGCUGUGGGCCUCGCGCCUGCGCACCGCCGCCCGGGGGCCGCCGCCGCUGCCGCUCAUCGGCAACCUCCUCAGCUUCCGUAAGCUGCCCGUUCUCGUGGGGCAGCUCAGGGCCCUGCAGCGCGCCUACGGGAACGUCUUCAGGUUUUACAUGGGGCCCAAGCUAUUCAUGGUGGUGACACAACCCGACGAUGUCCAAAAGAUACUAACGACCAGCUGGCAGCGCGAACGCGAUCCGUACUUUAUACGUCCAGUGAGGGUCUUCGUUGGCGAGGGUCUACUUACCAGCAAGGGAGACGUCUGGAGAAACCACCGCAAGAUCAUUGAGCCCACAUUCCACACCGAGGUGCUGAGCCGGUUCGUCGACUCAUUCAAUGAAGGCGCCAGAUUUACGUGCGAAAAGCUGGCGGCGGCUGCCGGCACCGAGGUUGACGUGUACGGGCCACUGUUCCACGCGGCCUUGCGGACCUUCACCUCGACCAUCGCCGGCAUCCAGCUGGACGAAAUAGAGCCAGACCAGCUGAAACAGGCAGAGAUCGCCGACGAGGUGAAAGACGGCCUGCAGAUCAUACAGAAGAGACUUUUCCGUCCCUGGAUGCAAAUGGACUGGGUCGUUUCAAUGACGCCGGAAGGUCGUGCUUUCAGAAGACAAAUUGGUCUGCUAAAUGGAUUAGUGGGACAGAUAAUAAAUGUAGCAAAGAAGAAAAGAAAUGGGCCGAUGCUGUACAAGAGGAACUCUCUGAUAGACGUCCUGUUGGAUCGUCAAAGAGACAUGGAGAUAUCAGAAGGAGAAGUUCAUGAAGAGGUGUGUACGUUUGCACUGGCGAGCACAGAAACGACGGCAGCGGCAACCGGUUUCACGCUGUCUCUGCUGGCCUUGUACCCGGUGUGGCAGGACGCGGUGCACCGGGAACUGGACGAGGUCUUCGGCACAGGAGAGGGCCGCUUCAGGUCGUCCACUGCAGCAGACAUCGCCCGUCUCGCCGUGCUGGACUGCGUCGUAAAGGAGACGCUGCGGCUGUUCCCCAUAGUGCCGAACCUGCCGCACCUCGUGACCGAGGACACACCGCUGGACGGCGGCCGCUGCGUGGCGCCGCGGGGCGCGUGCGUGCUCGUCGCACUCAGCCUGCUGCACCGACAGCCGGACUCGUUUCCCGAGCCGGACCGAUUCGACCCCGGGCGCUUCCUCAAGGGCGGCAGCAGCGCUGCCAGGCAUCCGUACAGCUACCUGCCGUUCGGCACCGGCUCCCGCAAGUGCGUGGGCGGGAGGUUCGCGCUGCUGCAGAUGAAGACGCAGCUGGCGGCCGUGUUGCGGCGCUUCCACGUGCUGCCCGGCUCCAGCAGGCAGCAGCUGGAAGAGGUGGCGCUCUCCAUCACGGGGCAGCCCGUCUCGGGGCUCAGGGUCGCCUUUGUGCCCCGGCACACCCCGUCGCCUGCCGCGGCACGUUCGUGAAUCACUGCGAACAGCAUUAAAUAACGCCAACGUCGGGGCGCAUUCUUUAUGGGAAACUAUUGACACGAUGUGCUUGUUUCUGUAACGAGGACCGUCGCUUCACAUGUUUUCAGCAAUGCGCGUACGUACAAGUACGCGAUAUUUCCAGAAUGAGAUUUUCACUCUGCAGCGGAGUGUGCGCUGAUAUGAAACUUCCUGGCAGAUUGAAACCGUGUGCCGGAACGAAACUCUAGCUCGGGACCUUUGCCUUUCGCGGGCAAGUGCUCUACCAACUGAGCUACUCAAGCACGACUCACGCCCCGUCCUCACAGCUUUACUUCUGCCAGUACCUCGUCUCCCACCUUCCAAACUUUACAGAAGCUCUCCUCCGAACCUUGCAGAACUAGCACUCCUGAAAACCUGGGGGACGUUUCCAGAAUGAGAUUUUCACUCUGCAGCGGAGUGUGCGCUGAUAUGAAACUUCCUGGCAGAUUAAGGUAGAUUAGGGUACCUGCAGAAGUAAAGCUGUGAGGACGGGGCGUGAGUCGUGCUUAGGUAGUUCAGUUGGUAGAGCACUUGCCCGCGAAAAGUAAAGGUCCCGAGUUCGAGUCUCGGUCUGGCACACAGUCUUAAUCUGCCAGGAAGUUUCAAGUACGCGAUGUUUCAUAAACAGUCAUCCUAUUUUCCAUGUCUAUAUCCUCUACGCUAUUGAAGAAAGAAAUUAGGGUAAUUUUAAGCUAUUUUCAAAAGAAACAUCCAACAUUAAAAAGAAAAAACUUCCUAAUGUUCUGCAAAAUGAUAUUUAUUUUGUCGUGAACCGGCUUUCGGCUUCCCGGGUCAUCUUUAGGUGACAACUGCCUGUGGCAAACACAGAUAUACAUUAUGUACCAUUAACACAGAACUUAUUUAUACAGAAGAUAAAAAAUGACGAAAUCUUUACGUAGAGAAAUAUUACAAUAACAUUCACUAAUUAACUGAUUAAUUAGCUUCUCUCAGGGGCAACUCUCGAAUCGCCAGUUAAUUCCAACUUCUGAAUCAUGUUCUUCACUACCAGUGGGGAAAGCGGAGCUCUCCGUCUUCUUUUAAUGCGUCAAUAUUCGCGAAGAGCAGCACCACUUUUGCUGUUGUUUUGAUAAAACAGCUUUACGAGUAAGGUCCUGCUCGUCUUGUCCACAGCCAUGUCAACUAUCUGCAACUGUAAUGCACACUGAUGCUUAUGUUUCAACCUUACAUAGCUGUACUGGUUAUCAUCACAAUCAUCACGACAUUAACACUACCAACAACGCAAAUCCUGCAGCUCAUAGUUUGAACAUUAUUCCUAUGAAGUUUUGUAUCUAUUCGACAAAUAGCGUAGGAUUCCCUGUAGACUGUCUCAGGUAGUGAAAGUUUGAUUAUUGCCACUCUGUACAUCCUUCAUGCAGUGUAUUCUUUACGAUUACGCGCUUACAUGUGCAACGAGAAUUCUUUUUUCCAACAUCCGAGCGGUAGCGAAAUUAAAACCACAGUGAAAAAUCCGGUGGAGCUUUGCGCAGAUGUGUUGCGCAGUUUCUCUAGUAUGAGCAUAUAUCGCACACCGUCGUACUUCUCAGGUCUGAGUGCACAGUGAGAUGCCUAGAAAGUCAGUGUCUCCUGCUGAGGGGUUUCUCGUUAUUUCCAGCAGAUCACCGAACGAGGUAGCGCAGUGUUUCGCACACUGGACUCGCAUUAGGGAGGACAACGGUUGAAACCUGCGUUGAGUCAUCUAGAUUUAGAUUUUCUGUGAUUUUCCUAAAUCGCUCCAUGCAAAUGCCGAGAUGGUUCCUUUGAAAGGGCACACUCAAUUUUCCCCAUCCUUGACACAAUCCGAGCUUGUGCUACGUGUCUAAUUACCUCAAUGUCGACGGGACGCUUAACUCCCUCUUCUUUCCUACCCUUUCGUGCAGAUCAUACAACUUAACUGUCAUGUGUUUCCUUCUUCAUGACAACCCUCGAUCGCAUGUUGCAAAAAGAUGCCACGAAGACGCUCCUGCAGAAUUUUCGAGGAAGAGUGUUUGGUCACCCACUAAACAGCACGGACUUGGCUCCCUCUGAUCUUCAUUUUUUUGCUCCCAUCAAUCGCUGGCUGUGAGGAUAGCAUUUUGGCACAAUUAGCUGCAGAAUAGCGUGGAGAAUCGGCGGAAAUCACUGGUGUCUGGCGACACAAAGGAACCAUCUCUGGUGUAUUUUCAAUGUCGGGCGGUACUGUACCCUCUCACCACCGGCUACCCAUGCAGAAAAAAAUGGUACGGUACUAUCCUUGCAAUGCGAGGGUAGUUCCGAAUUUUUUUUAAAGAAAACUGUAUUCGAACAAACGUAGCAAGUCAUCAUAAUAAGCAGGAGGAGACAUUAGCCCCUAGUGACCUCAAAUAGACGACCAAAUGCUGUUACUUUAUGAAUUAUUGACAUAGUUAUUGCAUUAAUGUACUCUCCACAAUGUGGAGUAACGUACACAUACAAACUUACAUCAAUCCAAAUGACAAAUAAAAAUAAUAGUGAGAUAAAAAUUUGCUUAGUAUCCGGUAUCUCCGUUAUUUUUAGGAGUAAUCCAAACUUCACUAAUUCUACAACACAUAAAAAAAUACUAAUUGUACUCACGAAAUUAUAAAUAGCUCACCGUCCAAACACUGAGAAAGUAAUCUGACUUUCAUAAAUUGCAGGGUAAUACUCUUUACACAGCAGUGUCUAAAUACAAAACAACAUCAACAACAACAAAAAGUGUACACCAGUUACAUGUAGAAUGUCAGGCUCCAGGUUGUAAAAUGUACGUUAAACCAACAGAGAAAUAAAACUGAGAAAAAAAACAGUGAAAUACACCACAAGUUACAUACUGGUUACGUAAUAUAGUCCAUCUAAGACAUCAUGCCAUACCUCAUUAACUAUCAUCACUUAAGCAGUUGCCACCACUACUCGACUGUGAGUUUAACCUUCUCCUUGUCCACCAGUACAAUUACCUGCUGCUGAGCUAGUCAGUCCAUCAACUUUGAUCAAUACAAGCAGUAAAUAGUUAGCAAUAAGUGCUUGAAUCCACCAGUAACUCUCGUAUUUUAAUCUACUGCUCAUUUCUUUGUUGUUACAUAUUUAGACGACAAGAAUUUGCAUUUAGACUAGCCUCCGUUACACUUCAAUGUGAAAUAUCACCACUGUGAUAAUGCAUAUAAGUGGCUUCAGUAAACACAUUAACAAGAUUAUUACUGUCCACGACAUCAAAAUACAUCCGUCAAUUCAGAUAUUUGUUGUGCAAUGCAAACUCUUGUCCCCUGUGACAACCUUACUGACCAACGCAACAAGAGCCGCUACAUUAGUAUUAGUACACUGUUUAAUAAUUAAAGCAUCCUUGUACCAAAUAUUCUAAUAAACAUGCUACAUGAACUUGAUAACCGAUAACAAACCAAAAAGAAACACACUAACUUUUCUAAACACAUAUGUUAAUGAAACACAUUUGCACUAGCUGUCUCUUCAGGAAUAAAACAUAUAAAAAGAUUUACCCAAAUACAAAUACAUUAUUACCUAUCUUGCGAGUCACACGGAAUCAUUUUGUUCUGUGAUUUUCUUGGGGUCAAAAAGUUGCUGACAGUUUUCUAGAAACACUGUAUCGGUGUCAAAACUCUCCCAUGGUUACCCAGACAAAAGUCUUUAGGUCAUUCAAAUCGGCAUUUUGAACACGAACUGAACCGUAAACUGUAUCUCACAUCAAACACAAAUGUCAUAGUCACUCUCCGACUAUCAUCCACACAAAUCUCUUCGUCCAGAAAUGGCCCUACAUCUACUGUUACCCACGGUUCUGUUCUUUCAGUUCAUGGUGUAACUAAAAGUUCUAAGUUCCAACAAACAGUACUUAUUCCCGCACCAAUUAAAGAAAUGUCGCCUACUACAAAUGCAAAUGUCAAUGUCCCACUUUAGUUUCUUGCGUUCAGACAAUAAUUAGUCACCAAACGACAACUGUCCCCUUUAAGUAUACCAAGCGCCCCACAUGCAUUUUACAAAGCACACUUAACAAGUCACUCCCUCAAGUUUAUGGACCCCACCGUUCAGUGGUCAAGACAAAACAAAACUAUCGUACUGUCUGCUAAAGACUCACAGCGCGGAAACACCACUCCUUCACUUUCCAACUUAUAGAGACAUACGAGCAGUCAUCUUGUUUCAUGGUUCCACAGCCCAGCACUAGUUAAUAGUUGCUGUUAAAAACUCCCCGCCGGACUCUGCCGCGCGUCGUUCAUUCUACCUUAGAGCCGGCGCCGCGCGAGCCGUUGAACAGAAAAACCACCCGCUGUUGCCUCCGCGGGAUACUGUCUCCAGUCGUAAGGGUGGCGCAACUUACGAAUGGUCAGUGGUAGGUGCAUAUCGCUCCAGGCCCUUGACCUGUUGUAGCGGGUGCGUGGAGUGUACCUCGACCGACAGUGGAGUGUGGAGCGCAGCGGCUCUGUCGCCUCUCCCAUGCCGACGACAGCUUGGCCUCCCGCAUUCUUAUGCAGGAACGGGCGUGUUCUGCAUGAGUACCUCAGCGCUACGACACCUAAUCAGUCGGGCCGUUCCGUGCAUCUCGCAACAUUACAGGCAAAAGGAUAUUCUUAUAGUAUUUAAAUACUCAUUGAUUACAUGUAUCAUCUAUUAGAUACCUUGGUAAUGUUCUAAAAAACAUAAAAUCAUAGACUCUAGUUUUCUACACAUACAAAAUCAACAUUAAUCUUUUUUCUAUAUACAACGCACACUUGUGCUAUUAAUUGUACCUGUCGUACCUCAUACAAAACAUGAAAGUUUUUUUU